UAGGUUUGAUCGUUUAAAAAUUUAAAUUUAUGCUAGAAAGUCAGAUAAGCUAUUCAGAACGUUACAGUGAUGAUAAUUAUGAGUAUAGGCAUGUAGCAUUGCCUGAAGAAUUAGCAAAAUUAGUUCCAAGAAAUCAUUUAAUGACAGAAACAGAAUGGCGAAAUUUGGGUAUACAACAAUCACCUGGAUGGAUACAUUACAUGAUCCAUAUACCUGAGCCACAUAUUCUUUUAUUUAAAAGACCUUUACCAAAAAAUAAUUCAAAUGAAACAUAGAAGAUAUUAUAUAUUAAUGAAAUUUUUAGAAAAUUUAUAUGUAUUAUAUAUUAUUUAUUUGACAUAGAUAUUGAUUAUAUCUCAUUUUGUAAUUUUAUAUCAGUGUA